UAGGGGCUCUCACUACUUUUACCUCUCUCUCUCUCUACUUCUCUGGCCCUUUCUCCUCUACUCAUUUCUACCUCUCCCAUCAUCUCCCUAUCUAUCUAUAUAUCUCAAACCCUUCUCACGAUUCCUUCUUUACUUCUCUCUCUCUCAUCUCCCAAAUAUGACUCCUAUUUAUCAUUCUUCUUUUUCUCCUUUUCUCAUAGACCUCAAUGAAGACCAACAACAACAACACAAUCAACUCUUCUUUUCAAAACCUACAGAAGAAGCUGCUUCUUCUUUAUCCUACCCAAUUCUCAUCAACCCAUCUCAAGUUGAUGCAGGUUACUACCAUAGAGAAUUGCAGCCAUUAAUACAGCAUCAAGAAGAGGCUAAUAUUUCUGCUUCUCGUGGUGGGUCAUGGGAUUAUCCAACACUUAAGAACGAGAAUGGCCGCAAGGAAGAAAAUAUAAAUGAAGACAAAAGAGAGAACAAUUCAGUUAAGUGGAUGUCUUCAAAGAUGAGGUUGAUGAGGAAGAUGAUGAGCUCGGAUCAAACAGUUGCCGAUACACGGGAGACUUGUAUGCACAAGUUUGAAGAUGACAAGGGCCGAUCAUUACCUUUACAAGAUGAUAAUAGCAGCCAAAAUUUGUCUAGCAGCAGUAGCAACUCAAUUAGGGUUUGUGCUGACUGUAACACAACUAAGACCCCUCUUUGGAGGAGUGGACCAAGAGGUCCAAAGUCACUUUGCAACGCCUGUGGAAUUCGGCAAAGAAAGGCGAGGAGAGCCAUGGCCGCAGCUCAAGCAGGAGGUGCGAAUGGAACAAUUUUUAGUCCUGAGACGGCGGGGGCCAUGAAGACCAAGGUGCAAAAUAAAGAGAGAAAAAAGAGUAACAGUCAUCUUCCGUUCAAGAAAAGGUGCAAAUUUACAGCGCAAGCUCAAGGCAGAAAGAAGCUUUGUUUUGAGGAGUUAUCAAUAAUCUUGAGCAAGAAUUCAGCUUUUCAUCAACAAGUUUUCCCCCAAGACGAGAAGGAAGCGGCAAUCCUACUUAUGGCUCUAUCUUAUGGCCUUGUUCAUGGUUGAUGAGUUUCCAUAAAACCUUUGUUUAAUUUCCUUCAAUUUUAGAUUAAUUUCUUUGUUUACCUAUAGUAUUAGAGCUAAUCAAGUACCUAGAGUGCAUAUUUCGUGUGAGAGAUUUUUUCUCUAUUAGGGGAAUUGAGGAAGUAUGGAGAUUUUGAGUCUGUUAGGUGAAUGAUAUGUUUUUUAUUCCUGAAUUUCGUAUGUGUGAGAUUGUUUUAUAUAAGAGAGAGAAAUAAAAUCAGGUGUGAGUGUGAAUAACAAAUUUAAAUUUAAUAAAAAGAAUAAUUAAUGUUGUGAUAUGAGUUAA